GUAGCAAGCUCGGCGUGAUUUCGGCACGUGGUUCAGUGUCGCGUCCAGUGGUUUCCGAGUUGAUUCAUUUCAUUGUCUUGCUUCUUACUUCCGUCGCUAGUACUUUAGUCAUUUUCCCUCUUCUCUUCCUCCCGCCCUUCGUGGCAUCCUUUAUUUCCCUUCAACGUCGUUCUGAAUGGCGGAAUAUCCACGCAUGGACCCGUACUCCAGGUCCAGGUAUGAACAUGGGAUAGAUGCCAAAAUUGUGGUCAUGGGCAAUACAGGCGUGGGCAAGACCAGCCUGCUUCAUCGCUACACUCAGAACAAGUUCGAUCCUAGGAACAUGACGUCCACGACCGGGGCUUUCUUUGUAACCAAGAAAGUCCAUGUCGACGGUUUGAAGGUUCGACUACAGCUAUGGGACACUGCAGGACAGGAACGAUUCCGAAGUAUGGCUCCCAUGUAUUAUCGCGGAGCAAAUGCUGCACUUCUCUUGUACGAUAUCACGAAUGCUGCUACGUUCGAAGACAUUCGGGGCUGGUUAGCUGAGUUGAAGAAAAAUUGUCCGCCAGAGCUUAUCAUUUAUAUCGUUGGUUCCAAAUCCGACCUCCAUCAUCACAGGCAGGUCACGUCUGAUCUAGCUCGCCUAUCGCUGCAUACUUGGUUUCCCCCACCGCGCCCCCCAACGCCUCCACCCCCUCCACCUCCACCACCUUCAACACUGUCUUACAUUCGUCCCAGAUUCACAUCCUUUACUAGCACCAAAUCAGUUCCUCUGAACAACACCCCAAUGAAAUGUUCUCCACCCCACAGCGCGUCCUACAUGGACCCUGCUCCUAGCCAGUCAUCACAUUCCUCUGCGCUUAAUCGAAGCAAUACUGGUCAUGCCAUUCCGAGAUCAAAGACUACAGGCCAGGGCUUGAACAGGUCAAAAACAGAGGCCUCCCGCUCCCCACAACCACGAUUUGGUUCACACUUUGGGCGGCAUGUAGGAGGGUAUGACGCCGCGGAGAGCAGCAGCAAUAGUAUAAAUGAAGAUGAGGAAGACCCCGAUGUCGAUGACCAAGAAUGGGGACUUCGCAAGGGAAUGGAACUUUUUGAGGUCUCAGCUAAAGAUGACUUUGGUAUUGAAACCCUCUUCGAAUCAUUGAUUAACGCAAUCAUCGAACGGAAGGACAUCAUUGAGCGCGAAAAUGAGCUCAAGAAACGUGAUAGUGUCUUCCUAUCAACUAUCAGUACACCCACUUGGGCCGCUCAGGCCGAGGAAGAAGAGGCACGGGAGAAGGCUCGCUCCACUUCAGGGGGAUGGAAUUGUUGUUCUUCGUGAUCUUACCCCUGCCAUGUGUCAAGACUUCUCCGCUUUUGCUGUCUUUCUGCUCAUCUGCAUCCUACGGCCCGGCACACCAUUCUCACGACUCAUUGCCCAUCACGUUCUCCCAUCACAUCAAUCUCGCGCGUCUGAUAUCCAAGUUCUCUUGUUUUCUUUCGUCUUUACAGGAUGCUAUGUUCUUUAUGCCACUUUCUAUGAUUCCUAUUGGUCCUCCAUACCACCGGGCCUCCAGGACUACUCUUUGCAAUACUAUUAUUCACUUCCUGAAUUAUCUCCUCAUACCAUAUACUACCUUAAGUAGAUACAAUUUGUGCAUGUGUUUAGUCACGUCAUUCAGCAAUCUUGGUAGCAAUCUCUUGCUGUUGUAAUUUGGUAUUUUGUACCCGCGCUAAAUGGCUGGAUCUUAGUAGAGCCUAGGUCGCCGAAACAGGCAG